AGACCAGAGUAAAACAAAUGAUAAUAUAUAUAGCUCCGUGGGACACAUGGAGACAGUUAUCACUGAGAGUUCGUCUACAAAAGUCGUGAAGAUUUCGUUUUAAUAUGUGUAACAUUAUGGACGUUAAAUAUUGUACCGUUCUGAUAGGCAUUGUCCUAACUAUAAUUACAGAUUGUGUAUUAUCCCAAUCAGUUAACAAUACAGGUUGUGUAUCAAAUAGUUGGCAUAAAAGAUGGAAAUCCUGUUACAUGAAGCACUGCGGUUCAAAUCCAGGAACAUGUGUAACAAGUCUUGGAACGCCAGUAUGCAAGAGAGUAAAGGACAGCUGUGGGAUGUGUGUUAAAAGAUGGUUUGUCGACAAGCAGGUGAUCGAAUGCGAGAGAACUGCACGAAGCAGAGCAGAAUGCCCCCCGAAUGUCCUACUCAGGAAUUGCCCGAGAAGUCUUUGCGACGCUGGGUGUCCAGAUGCUCAAUUCAACGUCUCCACCUGUCGCGUAAAUCGAUGCGGAGAGUGCCUGGCAGAGUAUUUCGUUGAAGGCUUAUGGAUGAUGUGUCCGUCCCAACUAUUCUUUCCGAAUGCUGGAAACAAUGAACUGACUGGACUUACAUUUUUUCACCCGGAAGUGGUCGGCGGAUCUGUGAUGACCGGGGAAGCAGCUACAUCUUCUGUUGCAGCAGCUGGGAGACAGAGACUAGCAUUGCCGUCCAUAGCGAGAUCUGUCUCGUCAUCUGAUUCAUUCCGAUCAGCAGGGCCCGGGGACAUUCCGGAACCCAUCGUUUGCCCCAGGGGCCUUACACAAAGAACAUGUCCAAAUAUGUGUCAAAACUUACGCUGUACAAAUUAUCCCGAAGCAGUUUGCAGGGUUAACCACUGCGGGAGAUGUAGAACCGAGUUCUAUGUUGGAGAAUUACGAGUGAAUUGUCGUGGACAGAAAUGUAAACCCGGUGUGCAAUAUUUUCACACGUGUAAUUCGUGUGCUUAUAACUAUUGUCACAAUCACCCCACGGCAGAAUGCAGAAUGGAUGCGUGUGGAAAAUGUAAAUCGAGUUUUUGGCUAAAUAACAAUAAGGUUUCCUGCACAGAACAAAAUAUCAUCGAUACUUGCCCCGACAGAACGAAACAGCGAUACGUAUGUGACUCAAGAGUUUGUGUUUUUGAUACCUGUCCCCAAAACUCCACCGUCGCUUGCGUUGUCGAUAAUUGUGGUGGAUGUAAGCCCCAGUUUAUACAUAAACUAACCAGGGAGGUGGUCAAAUGUCCCGGUUACUGGGAUGGAUAUCAAAACAAAUUUAAAGGUCGGGUCGCUACAGCAGAAGAGAUAAAUAGAGCUAGAGCUGAGAGGGACAGAGAGCUAAGGCAAUCUCAGACAAGAAACACAGGUUCUAGAACGUCUGGGCCGCUUGGUCAAAUAAGUGGUUUCGCUGAUUCACCAUCUAUACCUCAAAUGCCUUCCCGAAUUCCCACAACAGGAGGUAGGCAGGCAGAUCCCAUAGGAACUUUUGAUUUGUCUGACCUUGGUUCAUUACCACAAGACCAGCGGGCGACACUUGGAAGAAGCAAUAAUCAGCAGAUAUCAAACAUGUUCAAUGAGCUGUCGAACCAGAUAGAGAGUUCAUCGGGGUCAUCAAGUUCAUCUCCAGAACUAUCACCUAUGCCACCACGGCGAAGAACAUCACGGCCGGAGCCUCCCACAUCUUCAGUGCAAGGACAAGUUGAACCACCAUCAAGUAUAUUUAGUGGUAUGAAUCGUCGCGGGAAUUCCAAUAGGUCACCAAUGCCAUCCAGACGUCCUUCAUCUUUUGGAAGACCAUCAGACAGCGGAAGAUCGAAUAGCAAUGACGCUCCAUCGUCUAUAUUUGCAGGUAUGAACCGACGGAGACCAUCAGGACCAUCGAGGCGUCAGCCGCCUAAUGGCGGACCAGCAGAAAGUGGAAGGUCUAAUAGCAACGACGCACCGUCGUCAUUAUUUGAAGGACUGAACCGCCGCAGGCCUUCCUCCGGAUCACCCAGACCCCCCAGGCGUCAAUCCCCUAGUCGCUUACCCCCUAUAAACAAUUCACCUCCGGCUAGUAACGAUUCGCCAUCAGACGUUUUCAGUGGAAUGAAUCGUAGAGGGUCCUCUUCUGGAUCCCCGAUGCCACAAAGGCGACAAUCAGAGAGAAUUGCACCCCCUCUGAACAGUCCGGCUCAGAACGCCCAAAGAAUGGCUCCAGUGGUCAGAAACGUUCCUUCCGAGUCCCUGAUUGUCCGGACAGAACAGGUGCCCGUCAUCAACCAAGGACUGUCAAAUUCAUUGCCUGUUGUGCAAGCGCAUGAAAACAACCUGGCCGUUCCAAACGCUCCUGGUCAACCAUCCGUGGGAAACGCACAGGCAGAAGCUGUUAUAGACAACAUAAUACAAAAUCUAGAUACAGCAAUUCGAAAUGCACAUCCGCCAAUGGAACGCACAUCAUCCACAGCUGGGAGACCAGUAGAUCCUAAGAUGCAAUCAGCGUUAAAUAGUCCUCUGUCUGCAGAUGCUAUGCGUGAAAAACCAUCCAUUUCAUCUGCAAAGCAAGGACCUUUAAAACCUUUAGUAGAGAAAAGAGUUUUACAAACACCUCUUUCUUCACAUACAAUCGACAAAUCGUCUUUACAAAAUACCAAAUCGGGCAGAAGAAAAGAAGCGACGGUCAUCAAACCAAGGGAAAGCCCAGUUGUCAACACAAAAGGUAAAAACACGAAGAAAGCAGUAUCAGAACAGAAACCGACAGAAAGAAAAACUGUAACAUUUCAGUCUUUAAUGUUUCCAACAGAAUUCUUCAGUUUAUUUCAAACUUUAGGAGGCGGUAGUGCAGUGGCGAUUCCAAGUCAACUGACAGACACAACCACGAGAAAGAGUUAAGUUUCUAACACUGAUAAAAUACAAAUCAGAAUGUUCUACAAAUCUAUUAUCUUGCAGAAUUGAAGAGUAUCUAACUCAUCCUAUUUAAGCUAGUCCGUAAUGUUUUGUAUAGAUAUUUCCAAUGGUGGAACUUCCUUCGGUAAAAGUUGAUUGUUGUGUAUUGUAUACUUUGCAGUUAACAGUUAAUCGCCUCUAUAUUGUAAUCUCUUAGUUACCACUUCCAUGUGUGGACUAAGAUGAUUAAUAUUGACCUAGAAUAUAAUGCCAUGAUUUCUUAGGUGAAAAUUAAGACAAUGCCAUCUCGCAUUGUUAUUUCUUGAGAAGUUGAUUUACUCAAUAUUCUUACACGUUUCAAAAAAUGUUCAAGUGAUAGCAUGGAUUUUUGUAUUUGGAAUUCAAUAAUUCAGAGGUAUCUAGUCUAAACAACUUCUCCACUACUUUUCUUGUAGAUACUUACUCUGUUUUUCCUAAAUCCAUAAUCGUGUUGCUGUAAUAUGUACAGUAUCCAGCAAAAUUUGUUUUCGCAUCAAUUUCGAAUUAAAAAAAAUGUUAGGGUUUGGCCGGCUGACAUUAUAAAUCAAUGUUAUUUGGCCAUUGCGAUUACGUUUUGAAAACAAAGACGUGUGAAUUUUCGAAAUUGAGCUGCUAUCGAAAGCAGAACUCGAAAAAGCAGUUAUGUUAGCCAAAGAGUAAAAGAUAGACGUAACUCUUUAUUUUGUACAUUGGCUAACAUUGCAUAUAUCAUUACAAUAUUGAAAUCCUUCUCAGUGCUCGCUGUGUUUGAAAGAAUUGUAUAUGUCCACUUUUGUAUCAACCAUAUUGUAUUGGUCAAAACGAACUCAUAGAUGUUUUAUGUUCAAUAAUUUCCUCACAAAUACCCAGAACUUAUAGCCGUCUGGUUUGCAAAUCUGAGAGAGACUGGUAAAUAAAUAGAUAAUGUUUGUCCGUAAUAUAUGUACCUUUUUACGCUGAAGGUAGGCAUGAUCGACACCGACUUGAUUCAUACGUUACCAAUUCUGUUGAUAUGGUUAUAUUUUUUCCGAACUGGAAUAUUUUAAUGAUAUUGUUUACAUAUCUCAUUGUUCCUUAAUUCUGUAAUUGUUCUAUUUAUAUUGUUACAUGAUAAAGACGUUUAAAAAAACUACCAUAAUUUAAUUGUGAUCGUACCCGGGGUAUUUUGUUUUCAAAAGAAAAAAAAAUGAAAAAGAAAAAAUACAAGUUUGACAUCCGCAAAUUAAAUGAAAUGGACUAUAGCAAUAUUUCUUGUUGUUCUUUCAAGUGAAGGAAAUCUAAAUAUGAUUUGGCAGUUGCAAAUACUUCAGUAUGUCAAUAUUUUGAAUAUUCAAAUUUGAUAAAAUUAAUAUAUUUGUUUUUUAGAUAUUGUAUAAAUAGUGCAUGUGACAUGCUAAACAACUAAAAUCGUUAUGCUCAUAAGAAAAUAGACCAUAUGCAUUGAACUGAACUGAAUUAAAUGUAUUUGUUUUAUAUAUAAUCCAAUGUAUAUGUACAAGGAUGUGCUCUUUUAUAUGUAUGAUUAUAAGCUGGGUAUUCGUGCAAUGUUGUUUUAUGUAGAUGUUUUCGUCUUGAAUAGAUAAACGUCGAUUACAGGUGUGGGUGAUUACACGUCAUCAAUUAACAAGUGGAAAUUAACACGACGUUGAUCAAGUUCCAGUACAAUUUCUUCAUAGGUGUCAAACAUAUGCAUGUACAUCUGACUUAAAUGUAACAGCUAAUGAUAUUUCACUGACAAGUGUUCAACCAAAAUCUUAUAGGACUCAACUUGAAUGACGUCAAAGCUCAACAAAUCAUGACGUCACCAAAUCAUGCAAAUUGUUUUCAUUAGAUUGAGAUAAAAAAAAAUUAAGCGAAUGCAAAGAUCAUCCAUACAAUCAAGAAUUGCAUUGGAUGCGAUUUUCAACCAAAAUAAUUAAUGAGUAUAUAUAUAGUGACUCACUUAGGCCAUUAACUAUUAUAUAUUAUAUAACCACGUUGGCACUCGUUAUUCUAUUUAUCUCACAACAUUCAUAUCGAACGCAAUGUUGUUGUUUUUUAUAAAAAAAAUUAACCUUAAAAAACAAUUGAUCAAUAUCAUAUUUGAAGGGAUAGAAUAACUGUUAUUUGUGUUUGCAGUCCUUACUACGUUCGAAUGAAUGUUAGAUUAUAUCGAUAAGAUUAGAUGACAACAUAAGGCGCUGUAGGGUGACCAAUUUUGGGAGAUAGUAUGUCAAAAACUACUAUCCAGCUUUGAACAAACUCUUCGUAUAUACUGAUAGUGUUAACAGUUUAGAUUUGAUGCUAAUUAUGAAUUGUAUAAUGUUUUAUAUACUUCACAAUGCUGUAUACUGCGCUUCUUCGUGUCCAUAUUGUGUUUCAUUCCAUAUAAUUAUGUACAUUGUUUUCUUUGUUCAAACAUAUCAUAAAAUAAAAAAUGCAGCUUUGACGUGCUGAAUCGACUGUGCAA